CGGUGAUGUGUUUCGCGACAUUGUACAGGUGUGACGAACUUCACCCGACGUACAGCUAUUUGUCACGGCAGAUGGAGGUUACAUUGAAACCAGCUUCAAAGAAAUUGUCGUUUGCACGUUUUCAAAAGCGCGCUUAAUAAACCCCAAUUGUUAUAGCGGCUAAACACGAAAGACUUUGGUUCGCAGAAGUCGAACUGCUAGGUAACUAUAACGUGUAAACCCGUUGUGGUCGACUUCAUUGGCAUUGUCUUUGCUUAUCGAGAUGAAAAUUAUUGACACGUACGCAUUGCGUAUAGAUAUCCACGUGUGGCAUCACUGAUAACCCAUUGAUGUGUCGCUUGGCGUUGCUGCUGUGUUCCGGGCACGGGCUGCUACGGAUUCUUGACUUGUGCGGGUAGCAAGGCCAGGAAGAUGAAGUCGUACUUUCAGGGAAUAGUAUUUUUAUUUGUUAUUGCAGUAUCCUUCGGAGCAACUAAAGAUGAGAGCUGUCAUACGUAUGCUGGGGGCAGCGUUUUCCCUCAAGAGGUAGGAACAACUGUUGAUCACAAAUUACAAUGGACACAAGCAGUCAUUUCCAAACCUGCCCCUUUUUGGGAAGGCACCGCCGUUGUAAACGGCGAGUUCAAGGAAUUGAAAUUGACUGACUACUUAGGAAAAUAUUUGGUUUUCUUCUUCUACCCACUGGAUUUCACAUUUGUGUGCCCCACGGAGAUACUGGCUUUCAAUGAUAGAAUUGAAGAUUUUCAACGUUUGAAUGCAGAAGUUGUGGCAUGUUCUGUUGAUUCAGCAUAUACACAUUUAGCAUGGAUGAAUUUACCUAGAAAAGAAGGUGGAUUGGGUAGAUUGAAAUAUCCUGUUCUGUCUGACCUGACUCACAAAAUUUCUAGAGCAUAUGGAGUGUAUCUUGAAGAUGUUGGCCAUGCAUUGAGAGGCCUCUUUAUUAUUGAUAAGAAAGGGAUCUUGCGGCAAAUUACCAUGAAUGACUUGCCAGUGGGUCGUAGUGUUGAUGAAGCUCUGAGAUUGGUGCAGGCUUUCCAGUAUACUGAUCAGCAUGGUGAAGUGUGUCCUGCUGGAUGGAAGCCUGGUCAAGACACGAUCGUUCCUGAUCCAGUUUUGAAGAAAGAAUUUUUUAGCAAAGCUUAUAAGACUGAGUUCUGAAAGUGAUAAGACGGAAGAUCCAAACUGUUUUUACAUGACCAGAGGUGCAUUUAUUGGUAAACAAUUUUAUCACCUGCUCAAUACAGAAUUUAAUGACAUCGGUGCAAUAAGAAUGAUUCUUAUGUAGUGUUUUGUAUCAAAAUCUUUUUUAUUUAUUGAAGACUUGAUAGUUUGUACCUGGGUGUGACAUGACUUUUGUGAAGCACACAAGAAUGAUAAGUUACAUCACAUAGUUAUAAGUAUUUAAAUUUGGUAUGGUGUGUGUUAAUAAAUUGAAGCACACAUAUUUGUGCAAACACUUACAGUAUUUGUGCAAUGUUACUUUAUUGCAAGACUGAAUGGUGUAUUGAACUUUGACAUUUUGUGCAAUUAUCUUUUUGUAACAUUUAUUGAAAAAAAAAUUGUGCUGUCAAUAAAAGUUUACCUCUGUAAUUUAAAUUUUGAUUUAUCUGUAAGAUGAAGCAGACCUCAUUAAAAAUUUCCAAGAAGAUUUGUUACUGUGUUCCCUAUUUAGAACUAAUAAGAUGACCAGAUUUAUGAGAAAUGCUAUGCAUUUGAUAUUUCACAGAAAUAUUUGUGGAUGUAUAUGCAUAAAAUAAAUUAACAUACUACUUAAUCAUAAAAUA